AUGGAUUAUGAACAGGCACUAGAUCAAGCUCUAGGCUCCGGAAUGAAUCAUUAUGUUGAAAAAAACUCCUGAAACCCUGUAUUUUUUGAUGAUUGCUUCGGAAUCUAUACUAAACCUCACAGUAGUGGGCUAAACAUCUAUAUGGCUGAAAUAGUGAUAAAAAGAAGUGCUCAUGACAUCCAAGACUACUUGUGAAAUAUAUACAAUUAUCAGGAAUGGCUCACGCAGUAUAAAAAUUCAGAACUUCUAUCAGAAAUGUCUGACUCAUGCAAGGUGUUUUAUUUAUGCACAAAACAUAUUAAGCAUAUUAGAGGAAGAGAACUUGUAUUGGCAUCUAUUAACAUUAACUUAUGUUUAGAAACUUCUUUCUCUGGACUAAAGAUCCUUAUUCCCUUCUGUAACGCUCCAAUCGCCCGCUUUGCUAUCAAUCGUCUCAUGACCUUCAAAGUCUUGCUUUUAGCAGACGUGAGCCUGUGCAUGCUACCUGGUAGUCGGAAAGCUUUGGUCACCGUUCCGUACGCCAAUAAUGGUUAUCCGCCUUCGAAAAUUCAAAAGGGUUCAAUUUUCUUGCCAACUUUCUGAAAAUCUAUAUCUCAUGAUUUCACGCUGGGGAUAGCCUCAAUUGGCUAAGACGAACACCAUUGACUCCGAUUUCCACUUCUGGAACCAUCUCCCUCUGAGCCAAAAACUUGGCAUUGAAGUAAAACUUGCGGUCGGUCAACCCGAUCUUGCCUUUACCAAAACAAGAAAACCUAACCUGAUGCAUGCAUCGAACGCCAGCCUUCCUUCCUCAAGAUUAUGGCACAUUUCGGAUAACCAGCUGCAGAGGCUAAGAGGGUAGAUUGAUUCACCACGCCAUUUUAAUGUAUACUUGUAUUGGCAUCCAAAAAAAGUGAUAUGGAUAGAUACAAGACUGUGAUUUUUACUAGUGUAGAGCACGAUGCAAGACACGUUUUCUAUAAGGUCAGAGGAUGGGUCUAUUUUUUUACUUUUAUUAUUGAACAGGUAGGCUCUGAAGAGUCAAAUGUUGCGUGACUGUGCCAUUAUGACCCUAAAGGAGUUAAAGUAAAAAAAUUUUACGCAAAGACUACAGUUGAUUUUCUGAAAAACCUACAAAACUUAAAGUCAGUCCUAGAAAGAGACAGCUCAAGAAUUAGCCCUGUGUAA